UUCACUUUGACGACAAACUCACUUUAUCUUUACGUAUGCGAUGACGAUGGCUCAGCCUGUGGAUGAACCUGCAGUCACUCCAGUUUGCGUGAUAGGGCCUGAGUUCAUAAUCCCAAAUCCACUUGAAGUUAUAGUGGAAACAAAUUCAAAAGGCAGCCUUCUGGUCACAGAUAUUAACCAUAAAGUAAUGCUCAAAGCCAAAGAGUGCAACACUAUUUUCCAUCAUCAACUGUUGCUUCUCCAUGCCGAUGAUAGACCUAUUGCGAUGGUCCGAGACAAGUUGAUGAGUGGACAUAAGCAAUGGAAAGUAUAUUUAGGCGACAGUAUAGCGAAAUCAGAUAUGAUAUUUAGCACACAAGCGGCACAUGUCGUAGGAUCUAGAACUAAUGUUCAUGUGUUCUUGGCGAACAAGAAAAGAAAGAAGGAUCCAUGGGAUUUCUUGAUCAAAGGAAGUUGGUCCAAGAGAAACUGCACGAUAUAUAUGGGAGAUGUGUCAAAUAUAAUCGCGCAGAUGCGCACAAUGGAAGUGUCAGUGAAUGAAAGGUUCGUUAAGGACAGAUUCAUGUUGGAAGUUUUUGCUAAUGUGGACUAUGCGUUCGUGGUGGCACUUAUUGCGAUUGUGGACGCUACCAAAAGCACCACAAUGAGAGAUAGAGUUAUCGAAGUAGUUACUGAUGGCAUCAUUGAAUCAGCUUUUGGUGGAAUGGGUCCCUAGUUGUAUUACUUACAUUUACCAUACCUAAAUUCAUCUUAGGAUAAAUUUCUUUAUUUAUCUGAAUCUCUAUGACAUUCAAUUCAUUUAUUUCCCUUUUUUAGUCUCA